GKSKSUGAGAAGAACAAGCUUGAGCUGCAUUACCAAGAACAUACCCUCUCCCAAUCCCAAAGCAAAGCAUCUCAAUGUUACUUCUUCAGCAAUGGCCAAUCCAAUCCCACCCCAAUUCACUCUUCUCAAUCUCACUCUCCCAUGGCUUCCCCUUUACCUCCCUCACGCCUUCUUGCUCUCACUUCAACUGCUGCCACUUUGCUUCUUCUUCUCCCCACUCUCAUCCAAAUCAAAGGAGCGAAAGGAGGAUCCAUCGGAGUCAACUACGGCACGGUGGCCGACAAUCUUCCUCCGCCGUCUAAGGUUGCACAAUUCCUCUCCGAUUCCACCAUCAUCAACCGCGUAAGACUCUUCGAUGCCAAUCCCGAAAUCUUACGAGCGUUCGCUCACACCGGCAUCUCAUUAACCAUCACCGUCCCCAACGAUCAGAUCCCUCGCUUGGCUAAACCUAAUUUUGCAGAAGAUUGGAUCAAAUUCAAUGUCCAGCCCUACGUCCCUGCCACGGACAUCAUCCGCGUUCUAGUCGGAAACGAAGUCUUAGCCACCGCCAACAAAUUGCUCAUCGCUCAGUCGUCUAUUCCAAGAGCCCACCACGGCCCAGUUGAAGCCCCAGUACUGCCACCAAAAAGUCCAAGCCCAGUGACUGGAGGCAAAAAGUGGUGCUUGCCCAAGACUGGGGCCGACUCCGAGGCCUUGCAGAGAAACAUUGACUAUGUCUGUGGGAUGGGCUUGGAUUGUGGGCCGAUCCAAGAAAAUGGGCCAUGUUUUGCUCCCAACACGGUCCGAGCUCAUGCUGCUUACGUCAUGAACGCGUACUUCCAAGCGACGGACGGAAACGAUUACGAUUGUGAUUUUGAUCAAACGGGAGCCCUAACCACCAUGGAUCCGAGUUAUGGGAAGUGCAAAUAUUGACAGAAUGGAACAUGGAAGAGGCCAAUUACCUUUUAUUAUUACUCUUUUAUUUGUUUGUUUUUUUUUUGUGUUAUUUAAUUUUUGUUUUUUUCUGUAGUUUCUUUAGUACAACAUGUGGGGGUGGGGAUUCGAACUUAUGAUCUUUUGGUCAGUAUCUUAAUCACUUGAACUAUGCUUUUGACUUUUCUAUGUUAUUUAGCUGAAGAGUGUAUGGGUAGAGAAGGAAAGAUGGCCGGUUGAGUUCAACAAGGCCAUUACGUAUUUAUAAA